CACACACACACUCUCUCUCUCUCUUUCCAACUCAUAUAUCAUCAUGUCUGCUACCACUGGCAAGCGCGGCAUCGGCAUCAACGGCCUCGGGCGGAUCGGCAAGCUCGUGCUGCAGAUUAGCGAGGGCCGUGAGGGGUGCCCGGUCCAGGUUGUGGCCAUCAACGACCCGUUCAUGUCGUGCGGCGACAUUGUGUACGCCAUCAAGUACGACUCGGUCCACGGCCGAUUUGCCGGCACGGUGGUUGAGGGCGACGAUGGCGAGUCGGUGGUCAUCAACGGGCGGCGGGUGGCAGUGGGAUCGUCCAAGGAGCCGGCGGCGUGUAACUGGGCCGCGCACGGUGCGUCGAUCGUGGUCGACUGCUCCGGCCAGUUUACCUCGCUCGCCGGUGCGUCGGAGCACCUCAAGGGCGGCGCUGAGCGGGUGGUGGUCUCGGCGCCAUCCAAGGACAUCCCGAUGUUCGUGCUGGGCGUGAACGGCGACGAGCUGACCGCCGACGACCACGUUGUCUCAAACGCCUCGUGCACGACCAACUGCCUCGCGCCGCUGGUCAAGGUCGUUCACGACGCGUUUGGCAUCGAGGAGGCCGUAGCCACCACCGUCCACGCCGCCACCGGCUCGCAGCGCAUUGUUGACCUCAACAACAAGAAGAACCACCGGCUCGGCCGCUCCGGUAUGCUCAACAUCAUCCCAUCGACCACGGGCGCCGCUGCCGCUGUCGCCAAGGUCUUCCCUGCCCUCGACGGCCGCAUCACUGGCAUGGCCAUGCGUGUGCCCACCGCAGACGUCUCGGUCGUCGACGUCACCAUCAAGCUUGCCUCACCGGCCUCGCUCGACGACAUCCACGCCGCCAUGACCGCCGCCGCCGCCGGCGACAUGGCCGGCAUCCUCGGCGUCACCGCGGACGCCGUCGUCUCGACAGACUUUGUCGGCUCGACCUACUCAUGUGUCUACGACGCCGAUGCCUCCCUCGCCCUCUCCGACACCUUUGUCAAGCUCAUCGGAUGGUACGACAACGAGUACUCGUACACCGCCCGCCUCGUCGACCUCAUCGAGCGCGUCGUUGCCCUCGCGUAGCAGCCCAAGCUCGCCCACGCCGAUGCCGCCUCCCCCCUAUCCGCAAUACCCGCACCGAUGACAACGAUGCACAGAGGCUGGUCAUGACCAGGCCCAGCAGAUGAGCUGCUGCUGCAAUAGACUGCUGUGGGAGGCUCCUCUCGGAGACUGCCAUGGCAAGAGGUACAGCCUCUGUGAUGGCUGCUCUGCGGCUGGCUCUGUAGCUGUAGCUGGCCCAGGCUCUGAGGGCGAGGGUGGAAAAAAACCGCUUGUCCAAUAUCACGUGGUAUCACCCCAAUUUCCAUGGCGUUAAAAAACGUUGCACAGCCGA